AUGUCAGAUAUUAAAUUAAGAUUUGCACCAUCACCAACAGGUUACCUCCACAUAGGAGGUUUGAGAACAGCUCUUUACAAUUACUUAUUCGCAAAAAAAAAUGGCGGCAAAUUUGUAUUGAGAAUCGAAGAUACAGAUAGGACAAGAUAUGUUGAAGGUGCCAUAGAAAACCUAAUUGAGUCCCUUGAAUGGGCAGGCAUAACUCAUGACGAAGGUGUUGUAGUUAAGGACGGUAAUCUAACAGAAGUUGGUAACUGUGGACCUUACAUCCAAUCACAAAGAUUAGACAUCUACAAAAAAUAUGUUGAUAAAUUAAUUGAAGAUGGUCACGCAUACUACUGCUUCUGCUCCAAGGACAGACUAGAUCACUUGAGAGAAGAACAAAGAAUUAAGGGAAAAGUGCCUAAGUACGAUGGACUUUGCCGUGGAAUUCCUCUUGAAGAAGCUAAGAAGAGAGUUGCAGCUGGCGAAGACUACGUUGUAAGACUUAAACUUCCAAAGAACAAGGAUAUCACUUUCAAUGACGCAGUUCGUGGAAAAGUUACAAUUAACACUGAUGAAAUUGACGACCAAGUCCUAAUGAAGUCAGAUGGGUUCCCAACUUACCACAUGGCUGUAAUAGUUGAUGACCACCUAAUGGGAAUCACACACAUUGUAAGAGGGGAAGAAUGGCUUCCAUCAACUCCAAAACACGUUUAUCUUUAUGAAUGUCUUGGCUGGCAACCACCAGAAUUUGUCCACCUUCCAACAGUUUUAAAUAAGGACAGAAAAAAGCUUUCUAAGAGACAGGGAGAUGUUUCUGUAGAAGACUUUAAGAAGAGGGGCUACUUACCAGAAGGACUUGUAAACUACCUUGCACUUGUUGGUUGGUCUCCAGAAGAUGGAGAAGAAAUUAUGUCCCUAGACGAGUUAGUAGAAAAGUUCUCCUUUGACAGGGUAGGAAAGUCUGGAGGAAUCUUCGACACAGACAAAUUGAAUUGGGUUAACUCUCAUUAUAUGAAGUCCUAUGACCUAGAAAAACUUUCUGAACUUGCUAUUCCUUUUGUAACUGAAUCAGGCCUACUAAAUGAAGAAGAAAUUAGAAACAACUUUGAAUGGUACAAGAUCUUAAUUGAAACAGUGAGAGAAGCCUGCGAUAAGUUAGAAGACAUACCAAGACACAUCGAGUUCCUAUUUGGUGACAUUGAGAUCACAGAGGACCAAGCUAAGGAAGAGCUUGCACAAGAACAUGUGCCAGGACUUCUUGACUCCUUUAUAAAAAUUGUAAAAUCACACGAUGAAAUUGAAAUGGAAACUGCCAAGGGACUAAUGAAGGAAGUUCAAAAAGAUUCUGGAGUAAAGGGCAAGCAACUUUACAUGCCAGUAAGAGCUGCAAUCUCAGGUAAUGUUCACGGACCAGAAAUGCAAAAUAUCCUAUAUCUAUUAGGCAAGGACAAGCUAAUUGAAAGAGCAGAAAAAAUUAAAGAUUUACUUUAA